AUCCUGAAUGAUCUCAGUUUUUCCUUGUCAGACAUGAAGAUUGUAGUUAGAAACUAAUCAAAAACAAAAAGUGGGAAAAAGGAAAAAUCUCACUUUUGCAGAUACCUAAAAACCAGCAGCUAGUUGAAGUUAACUGCUUCAGGUUAAGCCUUGUCUUAGUGUUUGUUUGUCUGUUUUCAUAUCUUCAAGCUAUGAAGCACAGCUGCAGCAGCAAUAUUAUCAGCCAUAAAAGCAAAAGCUAUCACGUAAUUCUUCUAGUUUCACUGAUAUUGAUACUUUUGUUCAAACGGUUUAUCUACAAUGGAGAUUUUAGGCUGUUAGCAAGGUCUAAUGUGUUGUUUAGACCCAUAGGAAUCAUUGAGGAAGCUGACGAUGAAGAUAGGGUCAAGCUACCACCAAAGGGUUGUGAUAUUUUCACUGGGAAUUGGGUUUUUGAUAAUAAGACCCACCCUUUGUAUAAAGAAGAUGAAUGUGAGUUCCUCUCACAGCAAGUGACUUGCAUCAGAAAUGGAAGACAAGACUCUCUUUAUCAGAGCUGGAGAUGGCAACCCAGGGAUUGUUCUUUGCCCAAGUUCAAACCAAGAUUGAUGCUUGAAAAACUGAGAGGAAAGAGGGUUAUGUUUGUGGGGGAUUCAUUGAAUAGGAACCAGUGGGAAUCCAUGGUUUGUUUGCUUCAAUCCUCAAUUUCUCCAGGGAAGAAGAGCCUCAAAAUGUCAGAUUCUCUGGUUAUCUUCACCAUUGAGGAGUAUAAUACCACAGUAGAGUUCUACUGGGCACCAUUUUUGGUUGAAUCCAAUUCAGAUAAUCCAUGGAGACACACCAUAAAAGAUCGUAUAAUCAUGCCUGAAUCAAUCAAAAAUGGUGGAAACGAUUGGAAGGGUGUCGAUUACUUGAUUUUCAACACUUAUAUUUGGUGGAUGGACACUGGAUAUAUCAAAGUCUUACGAGGAUCGUUCAAUGCAGACCCGAUCGAGUACGACGAAAUCGAGCGGCCUGUAGCGUUUCGGAAAGUUUUGAAGACAUGGGCUAAGUGGAUUGAAGAAAAUGUUGAUCCCAAGUUCACUUCAGUCUACUUCAUGAGCAUGUCCCCUCUUCAUAUCAAGAGUUCGGAUUGGAACAAUUCCGAUGGAAUCCGAUGUGCUAAAGAAACGCUUCCAGUGACGAACGUGUUUAAGCCACCGAAUGUUGGCACGGACCAUAGGCUAUUUCGGAUGGUAGCUAAUGUGACCGAAUCCAUGAAAGUACCGGUCUUCUUCCUCGACAUUACGACCCUCUCUGAGUAUCGGAAAGAUGCGCAUGCAUCAGUUUAUACCACGAGGCAAGGCAAAUUGAUGACACCGGAACAACAGGCCGAUCCGGCCACAUAUGCAGACUGCAUCCAUUGGUGCUUACCUGGGUUACCUGAUACAUGGAAUGAGCUCCUCUUUGCGCACAUUAUUUUACAUUCAUGACCACAUAUAAUCUCUCUGUUUUUUUCUUUGAAAUAUUGAUGAACUUCUUCAAAUUGGAAUUGAAUUUGAAUGACAUUUUUUAACAAGAAUGACAUUUGUUCUUAAAUUAAUAAGUUUUA